UGUUCGGCACCUCGGUACUCCGGGAGGAAGGGGAUACGGGAUGCACCGACCGCCAUUUCCAGUCAGUCGUGCCUAAGCAACCAGCAUUUUGUGCGUGUUACCAUCAUGAAGCUGUUGACGCACAACCUACUGAGCUCGCACGUCCGCGGGGUGAGCCGCGGCUACCCGCUGCUGCUGCAGGCCUCGGAGGUGAAAAUCAACAACGUGGACUUCAACCAGGAGUUCAUCACGCGGAUGAUCCCAAAGGUGGAGUGGAACGCACUGGUGGAGGCGGCGGAGAGCAUCGGACAUCGGAACGGGCUGCCGCAGGAGCUGCCGCAAGCGGGUCAGAGUGACGAGGACUUCCUGCAGAAGUUACAUCACGUCCUGCUGGAGGUAGAGGUAGUGGAAGGAGUCUUGAAAUGCCCGGAAUCUGGCCGAGAAUUCCCCAUCUCGAAAGGAAUUCCAAACAUGCUGUUGAACGAGGACGAGGCCUAAUCCGCCCUCGCGAUGAUUGCCCAGCUCCAUCUGGGUUCCCCUGUUGACGUUCGUGUCCCCCCCCUCAACGCAGUACCAGACGGCCAGUGGGGGUGGGGGGGGGUCCUGUUUCAGCUUGAAGCUCUGGAACUGUUCAUGGCGUGGGGACGUGGCGCUCCCGGGAAACCGCUGCGCUCCUGUACGUCAGAACAGACGUACGCCUAUGUCGGGGAGAGCGCGGCGCUAGGGCGGGGUGGCUGUGGGUUGUGGGAAAACUGGCUGGGGGAGGGGGUUGGAAGGG